AGGAAAGGGCUGGAGAGGCUCUUGGAUGAAGGCAUUGACAUCAAAGUGAUUACAACGGAUAGACAUCCAUCCACUAUCUAAUGAAGUGGUUGGUAAGCUAGCUAAGAAAUAGAUGUACAAGUGACUCUUAGCAAAAAUGAGGUUAAAGGGAAAACUAAAGAAUUCAUAAAUAACAAAUGGCAAGAAGUGUGGAACUGUGAUAGCAAGGGCAGAUUUAUAUAUAACAUUCAGCAGCGAGUAGGAAAUGGAAGAAGUGUUUUUUUCAUGUUUUCCUAUAUUAAACAAUGUAUUUAUUGUAAGCAGGCAGAAACAAUAGAGCAUGUUUUAAUGUAAAAAAAAAAAAUGAAAAAGUAAGGUUAAAACUCAUUAAUGAAGUUUUAAAAAAAUGGGUGUUGACAAGCCUUUUGAAAGAACAUGCAAAACAAGAUAGAAUUUAUGGUGCUAUUAUAAAAUAUAUUAAAGAAAUAGGAAUAGUCAGUAGAAUUUAGUUUUUUUUUUUUUUUAAUGAGCUGUCUAUUAGUGCUUCACACUCCAGUCCAGUUGGUGGCGGUAAAUGCACCAAAAGUUGGUUUGCCAUCCGCCAUAAAAGAUCAUUGGAAGAAGAUGGCUGUGCCGCGGUCCUGCCUCUGUUGUGAUUCGGCUGAAGAAAGGACAGAGUGUCCGAACACAGAAAAACUCCUGGUGAAGCAGCUGAGGUCCACGUGACACACAAGAUGGCAUUGAUUAAAGAGGAGAGUGAAGAAAUGAAGAUUGAAGAAGUGUUUAGUUUGAAACAAGAAGAUACUGAGGAACAAAUAGACCUGAUGGCGCUGAAAGAGGAGGAUCAAGAACUGAAUGAAAUAGAAGAGAAAGAUCAUGAUGAAAAACAUCAUGAUUUCAUGACUAGAAAUAAGUCUACACAGAUUGAAAAGACCUCACAAAAAAGAGCUAAAAAGACAGGAAAUAAAAGUAAUUUCACCUGUCAACAGUGUGGAAGGAGUUUUGAUCAGCGUGGAAACCUUGAAGUCCACAUAAGACUUCACACUGGAGAGAAGCCUCACACCUGCAACCAGUGUGGAAGGAGUUUCAAUCAAAAAGGAACCCUUAAUGUUCACAUGAGAAUUCACACUGGAGAGAAGCCUUACACCUGUGAACAAUGUGGAAAAAGUUUUGCUCAAAAAGGAAAAAUUAAAAUCCACAUGAGAAUUCACACUGGAGAGAGCUCUCUCACCUGCCAACUGUGUGGAAAGUAUUUCAGUGAAAAGGAAAACCUUCUAACCCACAUGAGAAUUCACGCAAACUCUCUCACCUGCCAACAGUGUGGAAAGAUUUUCACUCAAACAGGAAACCUUAAAACCCACAUGAGAGUUCACAAUGCAGAAAACUCUUUUACCUGCCAACAGUGUGGAAAGGGUUUCACUCAAAAAGGAAACCUUAAAGCCCACAUGAGAGUUCACACCGGAGAAAAGCCUUUCACCUGCCAACAGUGUGGAAAGAGUUUCAGUGAAAAGGGAAACCUUAAAAAGCACAUGAGGAUUCACACCGGAGAGAAACCUUUUACUUGCAAACUCUGCGGGAAGAGCUUCUCACAGGAGCUUAUCCUUAGGUAUCACAUGAACGCUCACACUGGAAAAAAGCCGUUCGUAUGUAGUCAGUGUGGAAAGAGUUUCAUACAUAAAGUGGAGCUUGAGACCCACAUGAGAGUUCACACUGGAGAGAAGCCGUUCAAAUGUGUUCAGUGUGGAAAAAGUUUCAGAGGUCAAAUAAAUCUUAAUAGGCACGUGAUGAGGAUGCACAUAAGAGAGAACUGUUUUAAAUGUCGUCAGUGCGGAAAAAGUAUCAGAGGCAUCAAUCGUUUUAAUAAUCAUUUAAAAACUCACACUGGAAAGAAGUCUUUCAAGUGCAAUAAAUGUAGAAAGAGUUUUACAAGUAAAGCAAAGCUUAAAACUCACAUGAGACUUCACAAUGGAAAAAGGCCUUUCACAUGUCUUCAGCGUGAGAAAAGUUUCACAUAUAAGAGAGACAUGAAACGACAUUUGCAAAUUCCUUCUGGAGGAAAGAAAUUGAAGUGUGACCAGUGUAAGAAAAAAUUUCUUUCGCCAUUACACUUAAGGAUACACCUGAGAAGUCACACAGAUUUCAGACCCUAUUCGUGUUCUUCAUGUGGAAAGAGUUUCAAAUGGCUCUACAAUUUAAAAUGGCACCAGAAAAUACGUAUCUGUGUGAAAUACCGGCUACGUUCACACAGCAGAUGAAUGUGGGCCAAAUCGGAUUUUCUGCUCAAUGUUUAUUUGUUUAUUUUUUGGGAUGAGACCGUUUACAUGACCUUUAUAUACUCACCGGCCACUUUAUUAAGUACACUUGUUAAUGCAAAUAUCUAAUCAUCCAAUCACAUGGCAGCAAUUCAUUGCAUUUAGGCAUGUAGACAUGGUCAAGACGAUCUGAUGAAGUUCAAACUGAGCAUCAGAAUGGGGAAGAAAGAUGAUUUUAGUGACUUCAAAUGUGGAAUGGUUGUUGGUGCUAGACGGGCUGGUCUGAGUAUUUCAGAAACUGCUGAUCUACUGGGAUUUUCAUUUGGCUACAUUUUGGAUGGGUUCAACAACAUUGGAUGACUGGAAAAAUGUUGCCUGGUCUAAUGAGUCUUGAUUUCUGCUGUGACAUUCACAUGAUAGGGACAGAAUUUGGCGCAAACAAAAUGAAAGCAUGGAUCCAUCUUGCCUUGUAUCAACGGUUCAGGCUUGUGGUGGUGGUCUGAUGGUAUGGAGGAUAAUUUCUUUGCACACUUUGGGGCACUUGGUACCAAUUGAGCAUUGUUUAAUUGCCACAGCCUACCUGAAUAUUGUUGCUCACCAUGUCCAUCCCUUUAUGACCACAGUGAACCCAUCUUCUGAUGACUACUUCCAGCAGGAUAACGCAUCGUGUCACAAAGCUCAGGUCACCUCAAACUGGUUUCUUGAACAUGAAAAUGAGUUCACUACUCAAAUGGCCUCCACAGUCUCCAGAUCUCAAUCCAAUAGAGCAGCUUUGGAAUGUGGUGGAAUGGGAGAUUCACAUGAUGGAUGUGCAGACAACAAAUCUGCAACAGCUGCAUGAUACUAUAAUGUCACUAUGGACCAAAAUCUCCAGCACAUUUUGAAUCUAUGCCACAAAGAAUUACGGCAGUUCUGAAGGCAAAGAACUGGUACUAGCAAGUUGUACCUAAUAAAGUGGCAGUUGAAUGUAUGUGAUCCAGAUCAGAUCAUCAUAUGAUCAGCUACAACACUCCACUCUGUUUGUCACAUCUAUCUUUCAGUGAGUUGCAGUAGACACCCUCUAAUUUCCUUUGUAUAGAGACAUUGCUCCAUUUCAUAAAUUGAUACUUUAGAAUCAAAAUAUUAAUUAAACUUCUGUUUUCCAGUGAAAUGCUGCCAUGUGAAUAAAGACAAACUGAAUGGAAAAAUGAA